AUGCGGUGCGUCGCUCUCGUGGCCGUGGUGCUCGCCACGGCGUCGCGUGCCCAGGAUUCCGCGAGCCCCUAUUUCCGGGCGGACCAGAGCGAGGCGCGCCAGAGAGAUCUCGUCGGCCGGCUCGAGCAGGGCCUGAGGCUUCGCCUGUCCAACGUCCGCCGCGAGUCGGCCUACAAGGAGGCCACGUGCGGGCGGCACUGGAACUUCUGGAGCCUCGCCCACACGCAGUUCGUCAGCGUCACCGAGCUCGUGGAUGUCGGCGAGGUCGACUUCAACCUGACGGUGCAGACGGAGCAGAUCCGCAGGGUGGACAACGACCAGAGAAGCGGCUCGGUGCAGCUCAACACGCAAAAGGGGUCCAUCACGGUCGACAGCACCACGUCGGGCUGGAACAUUGGCGGCCAGGUCAACGGCGGGUUUUGGAGCCCCUACACGGGCAACAUGGGCGGCGUCACCAUCUCGGGCGGCUACUCCAGGUCGACGACGACGACGACGGAGAAGACGCUGUCCGAGGGCACCGUGUCGCAGUGCGAGGCCAGAUACUCGUGCUGGACCGAGGCCUGGACCGUCAAGCUGACGUUCAGGGGGCCCUGCAGGACGGAGGAGACGCUGCGGGACGACCGCGGCCACGACGUGUGGUCGACGAGACAGUGCCCGGCGGCGACGUCCCUGCAAGACUGGCCCUCGGAGUGCCUCCAGUGGGCGGAAUGGAAGAGCAAGGCCUGCCGCAGGACGCGGGCGGCCAGGGAGUGCACGGUCGAGACGCCGCUCCUGGAAUCCGACGGCAAGACGCCCUUCCACCUCGAGGUGGCGUUUCGGCUUCCCAUUCUCUCCUUGUGGGAGAGGCCCGAGAUCACGGGGUACCGGGCCGGGAGAUACCUGCUCAGGGCCGGAGAGCACGGCUACACCGAGUACGACCCGGAUCGACGAGUGGCGAGGUACUUGGACGCCGGCCACGGCUGGCACUACUACGAGGCCUACCCCGAUCUCGACGGCCAGGUCCGCGACUUCAAGCACCCGCACCCGGCCAUCAGGGCCGUCGAGAACAGGUGCUACGAUCUCGACUCGGACGAGUGGUACUGCCCAGACCGCGCGGGCAAGGACAAGUUUUACACGCAGUCCAAGGGAUACUACGCCAAGCCAGGCGCCCCCGAGCCCACGUUUGAGGAGAUGGACAGGGCCGACCGGAAGCAGUGGUACGCGUCACCGCACAAGGAGGACUGUCGCCAUGACGGCACGGGCCUGGAGUGCGCGUGGUUCGCCACGCCUCCGGCAUGCGGAACAGACCCCCGCGAGGUGGGAGCGGUCGACGUCAUCUCCGACGACGACACGUCCGUCCAGAUGACGUACCUCGGCAAGUACAGCGGAGACGACAGGGAGCAGUGCGAGAGGCUGCUGGGCAAGGGCUCACGCUGCUGCGAGAGGCAGAGAAGGCCAUGUAAAAGCGGAUUUUGGCGGCUCUGGUGCGCCGGGCCCGUUGGCGUCGAAGCCGGCGUGGUGAGCAACGAAGCGUAUUAG